UCACAUCACACCCCAUCAAACUUCUUCUCUCCCCUUCUUCAUCUUCUCCAUAACCAAAAAUAAAAAGAAAAAAAAAACAGGAGAUGAUGAGAGCAAUGAGCACGAGGGGGAGGAGCCGCCAUGGAUACGAGCGGUUAGGAGAUGAGUCUAAGAUAGGGUUGAUGGAAGGAGAGCUGAAGAGGUCGAGGACGGUGCCCACAUCAAGGAACAGGCUCGGUGGUUCGGUUCCGGCGAUAUUGGAGGAGCUGCCACGUCAGCAAUCUUCGGCCAGGAAGAACACGACGUCGUCAAGCAGCAAGUUCAGCCACCCGAUCUUCAGCCUUUUUAACGGCGGACGUGGCCGGAAAAAGAAGACGACGGCGAAGCCCGAGUUCUCUAGGUACUUGGAGUAUCUCAAGGAAGGUGGCAUGUGGGACCCUUCCUCUAAUAUGCCCGUUAUUUACUUCAAAUAGUCCCUUACACACACACACACAUAUAGGUAUAUAUGUAUCCAUAUAUAAAUAUAUGUGUGGAAUUGGCCAAAGAAAGAGAGAGAGAUGUGAAAAAUGCUGUGAUUUGAUUCGAGCAUUUGUUUAGGAUCCUUUUUUUGUUUGUUUUCUUUUACUACAUGUGAUGUUGUAUAUAAUAUGUUUUAUUUGUGAUAAAAGUUGAUGAGAUUUAGAUGAAUA